UGUUGUGAAGGCGGUGAUCAGACGCCGCAGACCUGCGACAUGGCGGAGCCCCAGCGGCGGGCGGCGGUGGUGCGCCGCUCCUCAUGCGCUGACAGUGGCCCGCAGGCCAAGCGCCAGCGGUACACGUCGGACGCGACCAUCGUGGUGCCCACUCAGCGACCUGGAAAGAUCCUGCAGGUGACGCUGAAGAACUUCAUGUGCCACGAGCACCUCGAGAUCAAGCUCAACGAGAGUGUCAACUUCAUCACGGGCGAGAAUGGCAGCGGCAAGAGUGCCGUGCUGACCGCCAUCAUGGUGGGCUUGGGCAGCCGGGCCAAAGGAACCGACCGGGGCUCCUCCCUCCCUGCGCUGAUUCGGAACGGCCAGUCGUCGGCCGAGGUGACAGUGAAGCUGUGCAACACUGGUGAGCUGGCCUACAAGAAGGACCUGUACGGCGACGCCAUUUUCGUGAAGAGAACCAUCCGCAAAGACGGUUCCUCCUUCUCCAUCAAGUCCGCUGCCGGGAAGAAAAUUGCUAGCAAGGGAAAGGAUCUGGAAGGUAUUCUGGAUGCACUGAACAUACAGACGGAUAAUCCCAUCACGGUCCUCACGCAGGACACGUCCAAAACCUUCUUGUUCGUAAAUGACCCGAGGAAGAAGUACCAGUUGUUCUUGCGCGCCACUCGACUGAAGCACAUCAUGGACGACUAUGAAAGCAUCGACCGGAAUCUGCGGUCAGCCGAAGACAGCCUGGAUACAAAAGAGAAGGUCUUUGCGAGGGAGAAGGAGAGGGCUGAGGAGCUGAAGGAUCAAGCGAAUAGGGGCAAAGACAGGAAGAAAAUUGAAGACCGUGUGCAGUUGCUGGGGAGCCAUUUGUCAUGGGCACAGGUGAAGGAGAAAGAGCAGGCGCUGCACAAGGAGAAGGAGAGCGUGGAAAAAAUUACGUCACGUGUGAAAGAACUGGAAGAAAGCGUGAAGCGAUACGAGGACAAUAAGAUGACUGCAGAUAACAGACGGACCCAGCUGGAGCAGCAGCUAAAGGAGGUCGAGCGCGAGCUGCGCCAGAUCAAGCAGCAUAAAGAUGAGCGUCAGACACACGUGAAAGGGCUGUACCAGCGGCAGCGGGACGCGGCCGCCGCCGCUCAGGCUGCCCAGUCGAAGACCGCCAGUCUGCGCGAGGAGCUGGGUCAACUGAUGGCCGAGGUCGAUAGGCAGCGACACGGGGCGCAGCCCGACGAUGUGGCAGAGGAGCGGCAGCGCCAGGAGACGGAGCAGCGCUGCCAGCAACAGCUGCAGCAGCUCCAGGCCUCCGAGAAGAUGCAGCGGGAGCACCUGAAGCGUUUGGAAGAUUCGCUUCGCCAGAAGAAAAGCGAGCUUGCAGAGUUGGAGGCCGAUAUGAAGACAAAAUGCAGGAAUAUGGCGGAGCUGAAGCGGCGCCGGGACGACUGCGCGGCCAACCAGCACGAUCAGCGCGGCGUGUUCGGCGCCUGGGUGGCCGGCGUCGACGCGGACGUCGACCGCCUUUAUAGAGAGGGGCGCUUCCAAAAGAAGCCUAUCGGACCCGUGGGAGCUUACGUGCGCAUUCAAGAUGGGUGCGAGCGGUGGACCCGGCUGGUGGAGACCUGCUUACAGAAUAUUUUGACUGCCUACCUGGUUGACAACCAUAACGACCAGCGGGGCAUGCGCUCCAUAUUGCAGAAGCACACGGGGCACGAGCGAGUCAAGCCGCGCAUCAUCGUUAGCAAAUUCCUGACCCAGGUACACGACGUCAGCCGGCACGGUAUCGACACCUCCGGCCGCUGGGUGUCGGUGUGGUCCGUAGUCGACAUCAGGAACCCAGUGGUGGCCAACGCCAUCAUCGACCAGACGCGCGCCGAAUCUGUGCUGCUGCUGGAGACGGACGCCGACGCGUGCGACAUUAUGGCCUACCGGCAGAGGGUGCCGUCCGGCUGCGAGCAGGCGCUGACCAACACCGGCUACCGCUACUACCCAGACCCGAGGUACCGCACCUACCCGGCAAAGGUGCCGAAGCAGCCCCGCUACCUGCAUGUCACGGUCGAGCAGGUCAUCAGUGACCUGGACAGUCGGAUGUUGCAUCACCGUGAUGCCGUCGAUGCGGUGACUAAGCGAGUGGAAGCCGCUCACGCGGCUUCUAUCAGCGACCGCCGCCAGCUACAGGAGGCCAAGUCCCAGCUGGGGAAGACGGACACGGAGUUGGAGACGUGCCGCCUCCAGCUGCGCGAGCUGCAGGGUCGUGAGCGGCCGCAGCCGGUCGAUCUGCAGCUCCUGGAAGACGAGGUGGCUAGCCUGAAAGCCGGCAUUUACAAGGCCAUGCGAGCGGAGGCGCCCCACCUGGCCGAACAGGAGCGCAUCGGCGUACAGGUGGAAGAGGCCAAGUCGCUACUGGAGGACGACAAGGCGGCUUUGGGCGGGGUCGGCGAGCGCACGCGGAAGCUGCAGGAGGAGCUGGGGGCGGCGAAGGAGGACGUUCAGCAGCUGAAGAGAAAGCUAGAUGGCGCCGGCCUUGAGCUGGAAGGCGGGCGGGCCGAGCUGGCCAGGCUGACAAAAGCUGCUGCCUUCUGCCAGCAGCAGCUGGUCGCGGCGGAAGCGCUCGCCGGUCCCCACAGGGUGGAACCCACAAAGAGUGUCGCAGCCAUCCAAAGCGAGCUGGAUGGAUUGCAGAGGUCCCUACGUGACAAGGAUGGAGAGCCGCAGCGGAGUUCUAGGGUCGAAGACCUGCUCGAAGCCUACUCGAUUGCGGAUGAGUGCUGCAAGAAGACGAAGAUGCGCGUGCAGUUGCUGCGGAAAGAUGUGGAGAAAUUCCGCGAGAUGCUUGAUAUGCGGGAAAAGAUGAGGAGGGCCCUUGAGAAGAGUCUGGGGGUUCGUAUCGCCAUCUUCUUCGGUUCGAGCGUGGGCGCCAGCAACUACGAGGGCGAGAUGAAGUUUGACCACGACUCGCGCCAGCUGACGAUUACGGUGGAGCCUGCGGCUAAGGGGGACGGCAAGGGACGGGAUCCAAGCCAGCUCAGCGGCGGAGAGCGCUCCUUCUCCACGCUGGCCUGUCUGCUGGCCAUGUGGAGCACCAUACCGUCGCCAUUCCGUAUCUUGGACGAGUUUGACGUGUUCAUGGACGAAAUGAACCGCAAGAUCAGCCAUGACAUGCUGCUGAAGGAAGCGCUGGCGAACAGCAGUCAGUUCGUGUUCAUCUCUCCGCUGAACAUCCCCUGGGAUCGGGCGGACCCCCGAGUGACGGUGCACAGGAUGCAUCCUCCGAAGCGGGAGAGACACGAGCCCGAAUGAGCUUGGACGAGCCUCGCCUCUGCUCGCCGGCAGACAAUCGCCCCUGCCCCGGGCCCACGCCAGUCCUGGCCGCACGUGCCUGCUCCGGCGCGAACCCCACAUCUGUGGACCACUGCACCGACCUCGUGUCAUAUUCAUCUGCGCAGUGUUGCAGUGUUUGCACCCACUGAGCUUUGUAUCGCAGCUUCAAGCGUUUCGUCGUGCGCGUAGUGGCCUGUAAAUCGGUGGCCAGAUUCCGCGAGCGUUGAGCCGCGCAGCGGCACAUGUUGUCACGUGCCAGCCAUACCUUGGCCUUGGCUGUUUUGACGCAAUCACAAGCGGCACGCGGGGAGAUUCGUGUUGCGAAUUCGCCUGAGAUUCGAGACUGCCAGACUGUGUGUCCAGAGCCUUUGCCUUAGCUGUUAUGACGCAACCACAAGCGGCAUUCGGGGAGAUUCGUGUUGCGAAUUCGCCUGAGAUUCGAGACUGCCAGACUGCCAGACUGUGUGUCCAGAGCCUUUGCCUUGGCUGUUAUGACGCAACCACAAGCGGCAUGCGGGAAGAUUCGUGUUGCGAAUUCGCCUGAGAUUCGAGACUGUCAGACUGCCAGACUGUGUGUCCAGGGCCUUUGCCUUGGCUGUUAUGACGCAACCACAAGCGGCAUGCGGGAAGAUUCGUGUUGCGAAUUCGCCUGAGAUUCGAGACUGUCAGACUGCCAGACUGUGUGUCCAGAGCCUUUGCCUUGGCUGUUAUGACGCAACCACAAGCGGCAUGCGGAGGGAUUCGUGUUGCGAAUUUGCCUGAGAUUCGAGACUGCCAGACUGUGUGUCCAGACUGAUUCGAGACUGUCCUGCUACACACCGAUUGGCUUCGGCUCGACCUGCUACUCGCAUUAUAACCAAGCUUUUUACGUCUUUGACAGGCUACUUAGCAUUCAUGUGACCACACUGCGCUGAGGCGGCGCGGUGCUGUCAGACGCUGUCAUAUCCACAUGGUGGCUGGUGGCCGACGGCUGGCCGCCUUGCCCUUUGUUUCUGUCUCUGUCUCUGUCUGUGUCUCGUGACAGCCCACCUAGCGUGUGAUCGCGCCAUUAUCGGAUCAAAUGCACACACGAUCUCUGUCAUUAUGGCGAACAUUUUCCGGAUUUGGGAUCAGCUUGUCAUGCCGAGUUGUUUGAAUGCCUUUAUUGAAUGAUUAUAAUGAUUUUA